CACUCCACAUCCCAUAUUCUAACUUCUAUUUUCCUAUAAAAAUGUUGGAUCUAGUGUGCAUUUAAUAUAAAACAAACUAUUUGAAAACCUAUUUGGUUGAAAACUUGUAUGCCAAAAGCAUAGCUUUUACCUUCUCACUCAAUGCACCGACACUGUGAUACUCACAUGCCACCCUCAUUUUAUUAAACUUCAGAUCCAUAUCACAAUCUGAAUCUUAAAAACCUGUUACCAGAUCAUACAUAGAUUUCACCAAACAUGGCACCACUCAAUAUCCAACCUUUCACAAAGGUGCUCUUUUUGUUUGUACUCUUUGCUUUAUUACUUGUACCAUCUUCUUCUUCUCUUAAACCCACCAUUCAGCUUGUGAGUAGGAGAAACUUAUUGGAAAAGAAUCAUGUCCAAGAAUAUUCAGAUGGGGUUCAACAGUCUGCCAAAAAGAAGCAAGGUACAACUACUAUUGCACUAGGUACAACCACCCAAAGCAAAAACAAAACCAAACUCAUCAAACCCACCACUACUACCACUUCAAAUUCCACUAAAACCCUCAAACUUCAAGACAAAACCAAUCUCAAGAAACUCAACUCCACAUCCAAACCCACUUCAAAAACAUCAACUUUAUCAUCAAAAUCCACAAAAUCCACUAAUUCCACAAAACCUACUUCAAAAACACCAACUUUCUCAUCAAAAUCUACAAAUUCCACCAAACCCACCUCCAAAUCUCCAAAUAACACAAAACCCACCUCCAAAACCACAAAUCCCACAAAACCCACUUCCACUUUAACCCAAAAAUCAAAAGAUCCAACAAAGAAGAACAAACCAACUAUUGAGAAAAAGUCAACAAAACCUUUGACUUUUGUACAAAAGGAAGAACAAGAACAAGAAGAAGAAGAUGAUCUCAUUUCAGAAUUCAAAGAUCUACCAACAAGAUUCCAAGAAACGCUAAUCCCAGAUCUAGAAGUGAUCUCAACAACCUCAAAAUCAUAUCUCAACAAUGCCAACAAACAAAUCUCAAAACAAUUCAAACCAAUAGUGGGCAAAAAAUAUGCACCAAUAGUUGCUUCCAUCAUCUCAUUUGCAUUUAUAAUAAUCCCAUUUCUUCUUGUCACCCUUAUUUUCAACCAAAUAAAAGCAUACUUUUCACUUCAAAAAAUCAUAAUAUUCAUCCAAAUUUACCUCUCAAUCUACUUCUCAAUACUUGCAUUAUCUUCACUAGUUACUGGGCUUGAACCAUUGAAGUUUUUUUACAAUACUUCACAGUCAACUUACGUGUGUAUACAAUUGUUGCAAACUCUUGCUUAUGUGUUGUACCUUCUGCUUGUUUUGAUGUACUUUGUGUUGGUGUUCUCUACGGAAACUGGUGUUGGGUCGAGACUGUUGGGCCUUGGGCAGAUGUUUGUGGGCUUUGCUGUUGGGCUUCAUUGUUAUAUGACGGUGUUUCAUAGGGCGGUGCUCCGGCAACCACCCAAGACUAGCUGGAAGGUCCACUCGGUUUAUGCCACGUGUUUUUUGCUGAUUUGUUUGUUGGCUACUCUAGAGAGGAGGAAGAAAGCCUACGUGGUUGAUGGAUGUGAGGAAGAGAAAAAGAAUUAGUUUUUUUUUAUAAUUAUUUAUUUAAGUUAAUUGUUAUAGGUUUUAUGA